AUGCCUCCUAAGAUGCCGCCUAAGAAUAGAAAAUAUGAAUGUGGAAAUGAUAAGCGUAAGAAAAAGAAAAAAAUUGAAGAGUUAAUUCAAUCUCAAGUAGGAGCACUUGAUAAAUUUUUAAUAAAGGAAUCACAAGUUCUAAAUGAAAGUCAUUCUGUUGAUCAUAUUGAUACUGAAAUUCUUGAUAAUGUGUCCAUUGAAAAUGAUAAUGUUGAUAGUGUUCCCAUUGAAAAUGAUAAUAUUGAUAGUGUGCUUAUUGAAAAUGAUAGCGUGCCUAUUGAAAAUGAUAAUGAUGAUAAUGUUGAUUAUGAUAUAUUUGAUCCAAGAAAUUGGGACCGUCUUCAACCUAAAUUGAUUGAUUUAUUAGUUACGAAAGGUCCUAAAAGAGAUAAUUCCAUUGUGAAGGGUCCUAGAGAUAAUUGGAAUAGACGCUUUACGGCUAAUUUGUAUACUAGAGCUUUAGCAAAUGGAGAGAAGUGUGAUAGAGAUUGGCUUGUUUAUUCGAAAGAGCUUGAUAGAGUAUUUUGUUUCUGUUGUAAAGUUUUAAAAAAUGGGAUUGGUAGGGGACAAUUAGCAAAUGAGGGUUAUAAUGAUUGGUCACAUGUUGGUGCAAGAAUUAAAGAGCAUGAGUUAGGCAUGGAACAUGUUAAAAAUAUGACUACUUGGUAUGAGUAUCGUCAAAGGCUGCAGAAAUUCCAAACUAUUGAUAAAACGACUCAAAGAAUAAUUGAGAAAGAAAAGGAUCAUUGGAAAAAUGUUUUAAAAAGAGUUAUUUCAAUAGUGAAAUUUCUUGCAAAACAUAAUUUGGCCUUUCGUGGUUGUAAGGAUAAAUUGUACGAAGAUAACAAUGGUAAUUUUUUGGGUUUGAUUGAAAUGUUAGCUGAAUUUGACCCAAUUAUCCAAGAACAUGUUAGACGUGUUACAACUCAAGAAGUUCACGUUCAUUAUCUUGGGCAUAAAAUACAAAAUGAGUUGAUUUCAUUGCUUGGUUCUGCAAUUAAAUUUGAAAUCAUUAGAAAAAUCAAACAAGCAAAGUAUUUCUCAGUGAUACUUGAUUGUACUCCGGAUGCCAUUCACAAAGAGCAAAUGUCUUUGAUAAUAAGAUAUGUGGAUGUAUCUUCAACUUCUGUUAGCACUGAGGAAUCAUUUUUAGGGUUUUUGAAUGUGAAUGAUACAACUGGUCAAGGGCUUUUUGAUGUAUUACAAAAUGAAUUGAAAGAACUUGGUCUCGAUGUAUUUGAUGUGAGAGGACAAGGUUAUGAUAAUGGGUCAAAUAUGAAAGGAAAACAUCAAGGUGUACAAAAGAGAUUUUUAGACAUAAAUCUGAGAGCCUUUUAUACUCCUUGUGGUUGUCAUAGUCUUAAUUUGGCAUUGUGUGAUAUGGCUAACUCGUGUAAUAAAGCUAUAAGUUUUUUUGGAGUUGUUCAACGCAUUUAUACAAUUUUUGCCAAUUCUACAAAGAGGUGGAAAUAUUGA